UGACUCUGAACAUCAUGAUGACAUUCUACAAGCAAACUCCAAGCAACAAAAACACUACCUCAACCUCCAACGACCUCAACCUUCAACACAGGCUCUGACAAGGCAUUCUUGUCCAGUAAUUGGAAGCAGUAAACCAGUAAUCCAUUAACAUGCCACCUCAACUGCAGUCUCAGAGCCAGCCUGGACCUCGCAUUGUGCAGGGAGACUUAGGAGCCCUGGCCCCAGCUGUAAGGGAGUUCAUUGAGACCAACAUCGCACUGUGCCAGCCUGAGUCCUUGCAUAUUUGUGAUGGCACGCUGGAAGAGAACUAUGCUAUUCUCACCCAGAUGGAAGAGCAGGGCAUGAUCAAAAAGCUUCACAAGUAUGAUAACUGCUGGCUCGUGCGAACAGAUCCCCGGGAUGUAGCACGUGUGGAGAGUAGGACAGUUAUCGUCACACAGGAACAACGAAAUGCUGUGCCUUGUCCUGUGGGUGGAGGAGUGUCUCAACUUGGUCGGUGGAUGAGCCCCGAGGAGUUUGAUAAAGCCAGCUCUCAAAGAUUUCCUGGCUGCAUGAAAGGUCGUACAAUGUAUGUGAUACCAUUCAGUAUGGGCCCAGUGGGUUCUCCACUCUCAAAGAUUGGAGUGGAACUGACAGACUCCCCUUAUGUGGUGGCCAGUAUGCGUGUGAUGACUCGUAUGGGGAAGGCUGUCCUGAAUGAGCUUGGAAAUGGAGAGUUUGUGCAAUGCCUUCACUCCGUUGGCUGUCCCCUUCCACUCAAGAAGUCCCUUGUAAAUAAUUGGCCCUGUAACCCUGACCUGACAUUGAUAGCUCACAUCCCAGAUCAAAGACAGAUUGUAUCAUUUGGGAGUGGCUACGGAGGGAACUCACUCCUGGGGAAGAAGUGUUUUGCACUCCGCAUUGCCUCACGCAUUGCUAAGGAAGAGGGCUGGUUAGCUGAACACAUGCUGAUCCUUGGUAUCACAAACCCAGCUGGGCAAAAAAAGUACAUGGCAGCAGCAUUCCCAAGUGCCUGUGGUAAAACUAACUUGGCUAUGCUGAAUCCCACACUACCUGGUUGGAAGGUGGAGUGUGUGGGGGAUGACAUUGCCUGGAUGAAAUUUGAUUCAGAAGGAAACCUGCGAGCUAUAAAUCCAGAGAAUGGUUUUUUUGGGGUUGCCCCAGGAACCUCUGGAAAGACCAAUCCCAAUGCCAUGGCUACCAUAUGUAAGAACACCAUUUUCACAAAUGUAGCAGAGACAAGUGAUGGGGGUGUGUACUGGGAGGGCAUGGACCAGGUCCUAGAUGAAGGAAUAUCUGUCACAUCCUGGAAAAACAAACCCUGGACAGAGGAGGACAGUACAGUUGAGCCUAGUGCCCAUCCAAACUCACGCUUCUGCACACCAGCAAAACAAUGCCCUAUCAUUGACCCAUUGUGGGAGUCCCCUGAGGGUGUUCCAAUAGAGGCCAUCAUCUUUGGUGGAAGGAGACCUGAGGGUGUACCACUUGUAUAUGAGGCAUUUAACUGGCAGCACGGUGUCUUUGUGGGUACUGCAAUGAGAUCUGAGGCUACAGCUGCAGCUGAGCACAGAGGAAAGGUGAUCAUGCAUGACCCCUUUGCCAUGCGACCCUUUUUUGGUUACAACUUUGGCGAUUACUUGGCCCACUGGCUGAGCAUGGCUCAGCACCCAGAUGUUAAGCUGCCCAAGAUCUUCCAUGUGAAUUGGUUCAGAAAGAGCCCAAGUGGAGGUUUCCUUUGGCCAGGCUUUGGUGAAAAUGUCCGCAUACUGGAAUGGAUGUUCCGCCGGCUCAGUGGAGAAUCUGGGGCAAUACCUUCUGCUGUAGGCUAUCUCCCUGCACCUGGCUCUCUCAACCUAUCUGGCUUAAAUGAACAAUUGGAUCUUGAUGAGCUGUUCCAUCUCUCCAGAGAGUUUUGGGAGAGGGAAGUUCUGGACAUCAGAUCUUAUUUAGACAAAGAGGUGAAUGAUGACCUACCAAAUGAGAUAAAGAUUGAGCUGGAACAACUGGCAAAAAGGGUACAAAGGUUGUGAGAGUAGUGAAAGAGACAUCCUAGUAUUGCUAAUUCCCGAGUAUCUUAAAUGCCUUUAGAAAUCAUUUAAUUUAGUAUUUUAGUUAUUUUUUGGGACCAAUUGAGCACUUGAUCUGUGAAAGUGUUUGGAUUCACCAUAUGCUAAUUUUAAAUAAGGCUAAUCUUCUAACGUCUCUGUCCAUCAUGGUAUUUGUUAAUCUGAGAUGUUUAUUACAUAAAAAGGUUCUCAUGAAAUGUGAAAUUUUAUGAAAGAUUAUUUAAUGACAUAACUUAUUCAUACUUUUGCAAGCUUGACAUGUUAUUUGCAUAGUGAUUGUAUUAUUGUUAGUUAUAGUUAUGUUGUAAUACUGUCUAAGGUGCUUUGUAUCACUUAACAAGAAAAUUCUCAUUUUUUGUACAUGGUUGUUUCAUAACUGUUUUUCAAUGUCAGAAAGUGAGAGAUCUUAAUAAAUAUGACAAUCUCAACUUA